AUGAUAUAUUUAACGAAUUUAAAAAACAAUGAUUUUUAUUAUAAAUAUAAUGGAAUACAAUCAUUGUUAGAUAUUGACAAAAAUAAAAAAAAAAUUUUAAAUAGUUCAUAUAUACCUAAUAAUUUUAUAUACAAAAAAAAAUAUAAAAAAGAGUAUGUUGACGCAUACUUAACUUCUUUAGAAGAAGACAAUUAUUUUUUUUAUAAUAAAAAAAAUAAUAAUAGAAAUAAUUUAAAAAAUAAAAGAAAACAGAGAAAUAGAUAUUAUAAUGAUUUAAUUAAUAAUAGCAGCAAUGAAUUUAAAUAUUUUAGUGCAAGUAAUUACAUUGACAACAUUUUCUACAAAAAAAAUAUUUUAAGCGAAGAUAUUUAUAAAAAUUAUGAAAAAAGGAAAAUAGCAGAUAAAUGGAGUAAAAAAAAAGAAUAUUUCAUUAAAUUAAGUAAAAAAAAUUAUAAGAAAAGAAUAAUUAUAAAUAAAAGAAAAAAAAAAAUAUUUUAUAAUUUAAAUUUUCUAGAUAAAAAUGAUUAUGGAAGGAAAUAUAAAAUAAAUAAUAAUACACAUUUCCUAAAUAAAAUUUCAACUAAAACAAUAGAAACAGUAGUUUCCUCUCAAGAUAGUUUAAUUAAUUUUAAAACAUUUCAUGAUGGUAAUUUAAAAUUUUAUAAAAAUAAAUUUGAAAAUACAAAUGAAAACGUGAAUUUAUAUUUUGUUAAUAACGAAAAAAAAAAAAAAAAAAAUGAUCAAUUAAGAAUAGGGAGUGUGUAUAAAUUAUUCAGAAAAAAUAAUGAAAAAUAUAAGACUUAUAAAAAAAAUUCAAUAACUGGCAGAAAUAUAAAUGAAAUGAAUUAUAAAGAAAAAAGGAAUCUUAACAUUAUUGAAAAAAAAAAAAUUAUUAAAAAAAAAUUCAGUAAAUUUAAAAGAAAAAAAUGGAAAAUAAAGAUAGAAAUUAAAAAGAAUAUAAAAUUUGUCCAUAGAAAAGGAAAAUUUUCAACAAAAGAAGUAGCUAUUAAUGCUAAUAUUAAAAUAUAUAAAAUAUUAAUAAAAAAAUUAUUAAAAUAUAUUACUGAAGAUUAUGCAAUAUUAAAUUUUUGUUUAAAUCAUAUUAUAAGUCUAACAACAGUGAAAUUAUUCUUUAAAUUUUUAAUAAAUUAUACACUAUGCAAUUAUUUUAAUAAUAAUUACAAUAUUGAAUCGACAAAUAUCAAUAACUUCAAAAAUUAUAUAAAAAUAAGAAGAAAUGUUACAAAAGUAGCAGGUUAUUUAUAUCAAAUAUACAAAUUUUGUGCAAACUUUAAAUUUCUUAAAACUAUUUCUAAAAUAUUAUUAUUAAAUGCUCACAUUUUUAAGGUAAAAUAUGGAAAAGUGUUUUUACAUUUUAUUUAUUAUUUUAUAAAUAAUUUCUACAUAAUACAAAUUAUAAGAAUAAUUUGUAUUGAUUUUUAUAUAAAGAAUUUUAUUAAAGAUGCAGUAAAUAUGUUUUCUUUUAAUUUUUAUAAAAUUUGUUUUUUAAUAUUUACUUUUUAUAAAAUUAUUAAAAAUAGUUUAAUAUAUAAUUUUUAUAUCUUAUAUAUUCAGUUAUUUUUAUAUUUAAAAAAUUCCUUUGAAGAUAAUUUAAAUAAAACCAAUCAAAUUUUUAAUAAUAAAAAGGGUACCAAUUCAUACAUUCAUAAUAGAAAAAAAAGGAAAGAAGAUAAUACUGCAAUUUUGUUAAGAAAAAAAAAAAUUUCAUAUAUAUAUGGAUACAUUACAUAUUUUAAAUAUUUACUUAAGCAGUAUGAGAAAAUUAUUCUUUAUUUUACAUAUAUAUUCUUAAAUAUUUUUAAAGAAAAAGGAUUGCUAUGCUUUUUGAUAAAUUUAAGCAAGAAUAUAAAACAAAAGAAAAAAUUAUUUUUACAUGUUUUUAAUGAAUAUUAUUGUAUCUUGAACAAUUACUAUGAAGAGACAUUUGUAAAAAUGUUGUCUAAUAUGAUAUAUAUAGAUAAUGAUUCAGAAAAAAGUUUAAAAUUUCUAGACAAUCCGAGAAAAUGUAAUAGGAAAUUAAAAAACUAUAUAAUUUCAAAAAUAUUAAAAAAUUAUUUUAAAUUGAUAAACUAUAUAUUAUUAAAUUAUUUAUUAAGAGUAAUAUACUUUAUAAUUUUUAAAUUCUACGUAAUAUUAAGAUACAAUUUUUUUAUAAAAUAUUCUACAAAGAAAAAAUUUGAUAUAAAAGUAAAAAAUAUAAGUGAAUUCAAAAAGGAAGCAAAAAAUCAUGAUAUAGUAUUUCUUGUACCAAAUAAUAUAAUUGAAAAAAAAUAUCUUUGUAACAUAUUCUUACAUUUUUAUAAAACAUUUAAUUUAAUAUAUAAUUAUAUAUUUAUGUUUUCUAAUGAUUUAAGAAUUAUCUUUAAUAAGUUUCUUUAUUUAUAUUCAUUAAAUAAUAUUAUAAAAAAGUUAUAUCUAUUUUUAAGUAAAAAAAAUGCAUUAAAUUUAUAUAGCAAUAUAUUAGAGUUAUGCAUACAUAGUGCAACAUAUAAAAAAAAAAUCAUAUAUUUAUAUUUAAAAAUGUUAGAAAAUAUAUUUAUAACAAAAAUAAAUGAAUUUCUUAUUUUUCAUUGGGUAAUCAAUAAGCAAUUAUAUUUUUAUUUUUACAAUUUAAUUUACACUUUUAUCAAAAUUUUUAAGCUAAUUUAUAAAAAAAACAAGAAAAAUAAACUUAAAAAAAAGGAAAUUUUUUUUUAUAAUUUAUUUAAUAAUGAGACAGUGAUACAACAUGAAUACAAUAUUUCUUCUUCAAGUAGAAAAAUUACAAAAAUUACAUUUUUAGAUAUAAUUAAAUAUUUUUAUUACAUCAUUAUUUUAAUAGAUAAAGAGGAUGAAGUAAAGAAAAAAAAAAAUUAUUUGUUUCCAUAUAGUGUUAUAAAUGGCAUAAGUUGUUUGAAGGUUUUGUACAUAUAUAUUUUUUUUAAUUUUAUCAAAUUUAAUUUUAAGAAAAAAAUUUUUUUAUAUAAUAAUGCAAUAUAUAAUGCAAUAUACAAUAUAAAAUACAAUAGUGUGUAUAAUAAAAAGAGGAAAAGAUAUUCAAUUUGUGUAAAAAAUAAUAAAAAUUUAAGAAGACAAAAAAAUAAAGAUUAUAAUGAAGAGAAAAUUGUAAAUAAAAUAAAAAGUAAAAUCAAAAUAAGAACUUUGAAAAUAAAAAUAAAAAUAAAAAAUAAUAAAAAAAUUGGAAUAAGAAGAAAAUAUUACAAAAGCACAUAUAAUUUGUGGAAUAAGUGUUUUGUAAAAAAUAAAUAUAAUAUCAUAAAAAAUAGUAAUAGUAAGAUUUAUGAAGAACGCGAGAAAUGUGAACAUUAUGAUGUUUAUAAUAAAAAUAAUAUAACUAAUAAGGGAAAUUUGGGUAUAAUUCAAACAGAACACAAAGAGAAAAUAAGAAUUAACAAUGAUAACAACAUAAGCAUACUUAUAUUUAAAAAUAAAAUAAGAAAUGAGUUAAUGCAUGUUAAGACGUUUUAUAAAAAAUCAUACUCAUAUUUGUUCAAGAAUUUCUUAAAUAAUAAACAUUUAUUUAAUAAACAUAUUAAACAUUACGAAGUUAAUAAAAAAAAAUGUAAUAUAAAUAUAAAAAAUAAAAGUAUAAAAAAAAUAAAAUUAAGAUUUGCAUCAAAGUAUGAGCAUCCAUAUAUCAAAAAAAAGUUUAUUUUGUUGAAAGAUGACAAAAGUAUGCAAGCCUUUAUUAAAAAAAAAAAUUAUUUUAAUUAUUCUAUAAGUACGUUUAAAUCAAAUAUAAAAGAAAAAAUCAUAGAUAUUAAUCAUGAAAAAUAUUUAAAUAAUAAUUCAGAAAAUAAAAAUAUAACUUGUAUCAUUAGCAUUAAGAAAAAAGAUAACAAUAAGUUAAUCAAUUUCUCCUCUCAGUAUAAUAAUUGUAAAAGAAACUAUUUAAUUAAAAAUAAUACUAAUAGUCAAGACUUUCAUUACAAUUUAUAUAGAAACAAGGAUACAUAUAGCAAAAUUGAUAAGAAAAAAAAAAAUUAUAAAAUAUCUAUAAAAUGUAAUAAAAAUUUUAAUAAUAUUUAUGUGGUAAAUAAUUUUAGAAAAUUUAAAAAAAACAGUUAUGUAUCUAAAAAUAAGACCAAUAUCUAUACUAAAAACAACAUAAAUUUUCUUUAUUUAAAUAAUAAUGGAUUUAUUUUAAAUAAUUAUUUUCUUAACGAUUCUAAAAAAUUUAAUGAAGUAAACAGAAAUGUAGAUGUAAAUAAAAAAAAAUAUUUUAAUGAAAAAAUAAUAAAAAUAAACAGAAAAAUAUAUUUAGAUAAAGUUCCUAUUUCAAAUAAGACAUUGGAAAAUAAUUUUAUUCAUCAUAAAACAUAUUUCAUAAAGCGGGAUCUCUUAAGGCUAUUCGAUAUAAAAAAUUACAAAGAAGAAAAAUAUAAAUUUUUUAAUUCUAAAGAUAGAACUUCAAAUAAUUUGAUGAGAGAAAUUACUUACAAAGUAGACAAUCAAAAGAAAGAGAAAUAUGGUGAUUAUUUUAAAAAUAAUAUUUAUCCAUUGAAAAAAGAUAAUUACUCUCAUUUAAACAUUUUACGUAAAAAUAAUUUAUAUUCAAAUAUAAUACAUGCAAAUAAUUUAAAGAUAAAUAAGUUAUUUUUAGAUAAAGAUUAUAAUUAUUCUUAUGUUAUAUCAAAUAACAUUAGAGAUAUCAGCAAAAAAACUAAAAUUUUAGAUAAGACUCAAUGCUUAUUAAAUAAUGAAAAUAUUUACUCAAAAAACAAUGAUACGAAAAAAAAAUCAUUAAAUUUUAAGUUAAGGCAAGAACAUGUAAAUCAUUUGCCUCCAAUUAUUUAUUUUAGUAAUAAAGAUUACAAUUACAGUAUUGAUUAUGUCAUAAAUAAAAAAAAUAAAAACGUAUGUAAUAAAAGUGGAAUAGGAGUUUUUACAAAUAUUAAUAACUUUACUGAUGUAAAUAAAAACAUAUCAAACUAUUAUCUAAAAAAAAAACUAAAAUUUUAUAUUAAUUAUAAAAAAAAAAAUAGAUAUUUAUUGAAAAGUAAGAUAUAUAACAAUACUCAAAAUAAUGAAAUGAAUUAUAGCGAAAAUUAUAUUAAAUAUUUGGAAGACAAUAAAAAUAUAAGCAAUAUUCAUAGCAAGCACUGUUAUAUUAAAAAUAUACACAAAAAAAUUAACUCUCUUCAAAAUAGCAAAAAAAAAUAUAUUAAAAUUGAUACAUAUCUUAAUAAAAGUAAUUCAUUUUAUGCUAUGGUGAAUAAAAAUACAAAUAACAGUUAUCAUAGAUACAAUAAAAAUUCUUCUUUCAAUAAAAUGAAUAGUUUAAAACACAAAAAUAAAGUUAAUGAUAUAUGUGUAAUUAACAAAAAGUUAUAUAAAUUAUUUAAUGAAAAAUCCACUAUUUACAACAUGAAUAAAAGUAAUAUAAACUAUAUAUAUGAUAAUUCUUUUGCAAUUUUGAAAAAAGAAGAAGAUUAUUCUGCUAACAUAAGACUUUCCCAGAACUAUGAAUUUAAAUAUUUAGAUAAAAAUAAUAUGUAUCAUUUUUGUAAUUCCUUCAAUAAAAAUAAAAGUUUUUUAUCUGUUCUUAAUAUAUGUAGUAAAAAUACCCACCGAAGAACUAAUAUAAAUAAUCAUAAUGAACUAUGUGAAGCUAAUACUAUAUUAAAAACAAUCAAAUCUUUUAAUAUUUUGGAUUAUGAAAAUUAUUUAUAUAAUAUUAAAAAUAUUACUAACAAUAAGUACCAUUCUGUAAAUAACAAAAUAUAUAAAUUGUGUAAAAUUAAAAAUAAGAAUAUAUAUAAGGAUAAUUAUUGUAAUAUGAAUAAUAAUUUAUUAUACAAAAUUCUCAAUAUAAAAAAAAAAAAUAAAACAGACAAAGAACAAGGAUAUUCUUUAAAAAAAUAUUUAAAGAAAUCUUCUAUAACGGAAAAUGGUACUAAAAGUUUCAAAAUUUGUGAAAUAAAUAAAAAGUAUGAACUAAUAAGUUAUAUUAAUAAAAGAAAUAAUGCAAAUAAUAAUAAUUUAAAUAAUUCUAAUAUAAAUAGUUAUAAUAGUAGUAAUAUUAACCUUAGUGUUAAUAAAACUAUUAAUUAUCAAAAUAGCAAAUAUAGUGAUAUUAUAAAUAAUUAUGACAAUAAUAAUAAAAACAACAAUAACAAUAUUAACAGCAAGAAAAACAUUAAUAAUAAUAGUAAUGGUAAUAACAACAACACCAACAACAACAACAACAAUAAUAAUAAUAAUAAUAAUAAUAAUAAUAAUAAUAAUAAUAAUAAUAAUAAUAAUAAUAAUAAUAAUAAUAAUGAUAAUAAUGAUGACAAUAAUAAUAAUAAUAGUAGUAAUUAUAGCGAUGAUAAUAGUGACUGUAGUAAUAAAAAAACUAAAGAAAAUAAAAUAAAAAUAAAUAAUAUUUAUAAUAAUGGUACAUAUAAAAAUACAAAAGAAAAUUAUUUUCAUAAUUUCAAGUACAACAAUUACAAAAAGAAAACAAAUAAGGAAGCAAUGAAUUGUGAUUCACAUAAAAAUGAAGAAAAAAAUACAGAUUUUAAUAAAAAUGAAAAUGAUAUAGACAUAAAAAAUAUUAAUUAUAAUACUAAAAAUGACAAUAAUAUAAAAAACCUCAAAAAUUUAAAAGAAACACGCUCAGAAAAUGAGAUACAUGAUUGUAAUUCAUUAAAAAGAUAUUUAAAUUAUUUAAAAAACUUAGAUUAUGAUAUAAAAUUUGGUAAUGUAUACGUAAAAUUAAAAAAAAAAUUAAGUUCACAAAACAAAUGCCAAUUCGAAGUAUAUGAAGCAGAAAUAGUUGCAAUUGAUAAUAUUUGUAAUUUUUUUUAUCCUCAUAUUCACAAUUUUGAAAACUUUUAUUAUUUAUUAAAAAAAAGUUUAAACAAUUAUGAUUUUCUUAAAAUUAGCAUGAAUAAUUAUGAUUAUUUACCACACACUGACAUUAAUGAAAAUAACAUAAAUGACUUUAUAAAAAAUAGCCAAAAUUUUAAUCUUAUUAUAAAAGAAUUAAUUAAUAACAUUUUUUGCUCAAAUUAUAAUUUAAAAUGUAAUUCACAAUUUUUUAAGAAUAGUACAGAAAAUAAUGAUUUUUCUUAUACUACACUACUAAAAAAUUACUUAACAAAAUCUUUAAAUAAAGAACAUGUAUUCCCCCUAGAUAAUGAAAAUACAAAAAAUUAUGACAAUCACAAAUUAAAAAAUAUUAGUGAUCAUAUAAAUUUAAGAAAAAAAAAAAAUUGUAUUAUCAGUACACUCGAUAAUAAAAAUAUUAAAAACGAUGUUAAUGGUAUGCAUCAUUCUAAAAUAGUAAAUAUGAAAAAGAAUAAUAUAGCUGAUAAGAAUAAUGAAGAUAUUAAUUCUAUUAACAAAGAGAAAUUUACAAAUAUAAAUAACUUUUAUAAUUCAUAUAUUUAUUAUAAUAACAUAAAAAAUUGUAAAAAUAAUGUAAAUUCUAAUAUUUUUAGUGAUAAAAACAUUUGUAAAAGUUGUUCAAUUAUAAAAAACGAAAAAGAUAUUAUUAAUUGUUAUGAAAAUAGUCCUGUAAAUUAUUUUAAAGUGAAUAGUAAUAAUAUAAAUAAUAGUGUAUAUAAUAGCAUAAAUAAUAUAAAUACCUGCAUAAAUCAUGACUACUCUUAUAUUAUAAAUGAUUCAAGUGUUUUACCAGAUGAUAAUUUAUUAUUUAAUAAGCAAUUUAUUAUUGGAAAUUUAAUUGAAGCAAUAAAAAAAAUCAAUUUUUUAAAAAAUUUCGGAUAUGAAUCAUUAUAUGAUAUUUUAAAAGAGAAAUAUAACAAAUUUUUAUUAGAGAAAGAUAAUAUUGAAUCAAACACAUUAUAUAAUAUAAUAAAGCAUGUAAUUAGAUACAAUUAUAUAAAUGAUGUUAUAAAUAAUCCAUUUACUAUUUAUCAGAAUUCUAUUAGAAAUAUAUCUAGUAAUAAAUUCGCUAUUAAAAUAUUAAAUAUUGAUUCAUGUAAUAUAUUUAAAUUAAAGUAUAAAAUACACAGCUUGCUAUCAGAAGGAAAACAGCUUAAAAGUAUAAAUACUGAAAUUUUGAAUUAUUUACGAAAAAAAAAUUUAUCAAAGGGAAAAUUAAAAAAUUCUAAUAAAAGUGAUAAAAUAAUUUUUGAUGAAAAUUUUAAAUGUAAUAAUUAUGGUUUAAAGUUAAAUAAAAGUUUUAAUUUAUCAACUAAUUCAUUUCCAUUAUGCUAUCAAAAAUUAUAUAACGAAAGAAAUAUAAUAGAAAAUGUUAUAAAAAAUAAUUCUAAAGAUAUGAAUACUAAUUGCAACAUAGAUAAUCCAAUAAAUAACUAUCAAAAUAAUAGUAAAAAU